AUGGAUUCGUGGGACGCCGCGACGCGCGCGCGCGUCGCGGCGGUGGCGCUGGAAUGCCUGAAGACGCCGGCGCGGGCGGGCGAUGAUGCCGACGGCGCGUCGACGCGCGUGAGCGGGGCGCGGAUGUUCCACGCGCUCGGCGACGCGGGACGGGACGGCGUCGGGACGCUCGCGGCGCUGACGCGGCGGGACGGCGCGGCGCGCGUGCGCGCGGCGUGCGCGCGCGCGCUCGGUGAAGUCGGUGGAUCGAACGCGUGCGUGAUCCGGGCGUUGGGGAGCGCGUUGGGCGACGCGCGAGAUGAGGUGCGGAUCGCGGCGACGCGCGCGUGCGAAGCGCGCGGGGCGGAGGCGAAGACGGUGGUGGGGAAGCUCGCGGCGAACGCGACGAGCGACGAUCCGGAGCUGCGACAAGCGACGUGUGAGGCGAUCGAGAGCGUGUGGAGAGGUCGGCGAGGUGAUCCCGCGCCGGAUGGAUCGGAGGAUGUCAUCUUGUUCCAGAGCGCCGAGUGCGCGGGGGAGUUGACGCGCGACGCGGACGCGGGCGUGCGCGCGGCGGCGACGAGAUGUUUAGGACACCUUCGAGGCGCCGCCGCGGCCAAGGUGAGUUUGAUUAACAAACGCAUCGAAGACACCGAUGAGAGCGUGCGAGAGGCGGCGACGGAGGCGCUCAUCAAGCUCGGGUUUUUCAACCCGAGCACGGGGACGCUGUCCAAGACGGGCAACUAUCGAACCACCAAGUUUUCGGCGAAUAAGAAUCUCUUCGCCGUUCUCAGUGGGAAACAGGACAUCGCGGCGGUGCGGACGCGCGUGAAAGUCCCCAUCGGAGCGGUCGUGCGCGUGUGGUGGCCCAUGGAUGAGGCGUAUUACGAAGCCAAGGUGAAGGCGUACGACAAGGAAACUCGAGAGCACACCGUGCUGUACGUCGACGACGGCGUGGAGGAGCGAGUCAACUUCAAAAAGGAAAAAGUCGACCUGAGACACAAACCGAGUAAAAAGGGUCCGACGACGUGGAUUCCGUGCGGGAUGUUGCCCAAGAAGCCGAAAGAGACGAAGAGUGAGAGCGCGGACAAGGAACGCGCGCGCUCCGAGCGCAAGCGCAAGCGGGAGGGCGAUUGGAUCGAUUACGAGGGCGCUGGAGCCGAGGUCCAGGGCGUCGGUCUCGUCGGUCGACACGUCAAGGUGUGGUGGCCUUUGGACAAGGCGUGGUACACCGCCGAAGUGCGAGGGUACGACGACGGUACGCGCGAACACGUCGUAUUUUACUUUGAGGAUUCUGAGGAGGAAAAAUUACAACUCGCGAACGAACGCGUGCAAGUCUUCUUUCCGAGCGAGGAUGCGACCGUGCCCUCGGUGCACGGCCUGGAACCGAAACGCCUCGCCGUUCGCGUCGGGAAAAAGAAUGGGAUGUACGAGCCCGGAUGCUUUCGCGGGGCGGAGUGCGUCUCGUGCGUCGACGAUAAAGGCGAGCCCGGGACGUACUUGUGCGCGGAUUUCGACAAGCGAUUCGGUGAUCCACAGACCGAUACGAGACGUUGGCGCCGUUCCAUACUCGUCGUUCCAGCUCAGAGAUCGAAGGACGCGCCGCAGAGCAUCGAUAAAUGGCUCCGCGCGCAGGGCGAUCGGUGGGGCGCGCACGUCGUCGGCAAAGAGUUAAAAAUGGACAUCAACGUCGACAUGCGAGACUUCCCAGCGGACAAGGGGGAUGUCAAACCGAUAUGGCAGCGCGUUAAAAUUAUCGCGUACAGCUCCACGAGCGGUGAGCAUCAGGUCGUGGACGUCAAGGAGGACGGCACGACGGAUCCCACGCGCAUACAUUGGCUGCCGCUGUGCAUGCAACGCACCGCGCCCGAAGACGGCGACGUCGACGACGACGACGACGACGACGACGACGACGCAUAG